AUGCCAAAGGCAAUAUCCAACAGUUUACAUCUGAAAGAACUGCAUGUAGAUAUUCCUACUGCUGCUGGGGGUGUCCUCAAAGGCAGGCUAUUCUUGGGUGAUAAACGAAAAUCAACCUGCGUUGUUUUAGCACAUCCAUAUGGUCCUCUUGGUGGAGAUAUGAAAAAUUAUAUUGUCGAGGCUCUAUUCGGCUUGUUCUCCUCAAUGGGAUAUACUACUUUGCGAUUCAACUUUAGAGGGGUUGGAGGAUCGACGGGAAGAACAUCCUUUAGAGGAUUGGGCGAGAUUGAAGACGUUGUAACUGUAUGCAAUUAUGUUUUGACAUGCACUCAUUGUCUAGAACCUCCAACAAAACUCAUUUUAUGUGGGUAUUCGUACGGAUCAGUCGCGACAGGUGCUGCUGCAAGCCAGAUUCCUCAAGUAUCGGCAGUUGUCAGCGUGUCGUAUCCCGCUGGAGUACUAUGGGCAUUGACUCUUGGACACCAAAAAAAGCAUAUUUCGGCACUUCAAUCAACCCCUGAUACCAUUCAAAAAUUCUUCAUCACUGGAUCAAAAGAUAAUUACACCUCUGAAGCCUCAUUCAUGCAAUUCGUGACUAAUAUUCCCAACCCAAAAACUGUCGUGGUCGUCCCCGAUGCUGACCAUUUUUGGGUUGAUACAGAACAUGCAUUGAUAAGCCAUUUAAAUCAAUGGGUAGUAAAGGUUUUGAGAGCCCAUUUAGGUGAGCGUGGAUCAACCAAUGAAUUAAGCAGUGGUUCUACACGUAAACUAUCUGAAAGUGCUCAGACAAGUCUUUCUGGAUCGGCUGCAUUGCAAAGUGGCUACAGUAGUGGAUCAAAAACGGUACUUUCUUCUCCGUCACGACCAGUGGCUGCAUCUCCGGAAUCAGGAAACAUCCCAUCUACUACAAAACCAAAUUCUGAUGGCACGAUAGACAGUACUCGGUCAUCCUCCUUGGCCACACCAUCAUCCGACACACCCAAACUCACUGAUACUCUUUUACCAUCGAAACGAAGUCCACUAAAAGGCCCAAGAGAAAUCUCUCCGCUUCGAACUUCUAUAGACCAACUUUCAAAAACCUAA